UAUCUCAUAUGUUCUACGUUUACAUAUUGGAAAAUCAAUAAAAUUGAAUUCAAAGUAUACAACAAUGCUCGGCCAACAAAUAAACGCGUUUUCAAACAAUUGACAAUCUGUCGUCCGCAUCAUACUAAAUAUGUAUGGAUUAACACAAUCUGCACUUGAUGUUAAUAAUCAACGCUAUAGGCUUAGGGAUAUUGAUAACGAACAAAUUAUGUCUACAUUUGGAAACAUUGGGCACUCAUUGAGCAUAGCUGUGGAGAGAUUCAUAACCAUUGGAGAGAUAAUUGCAGAAGAAAAUGUUGAUAUCAAGGCGGAUAUGUAUGAUGCCGCAAAGGAAGCAAGAGAUGCAGGUAAAUCCAUUGAGCAACUAUGCGACGUAUCGCCCCUGGGAGGCAUGGAGCUGCGACAUCACAUCGAGCCGUUGAAAGAUUACGGUGCGAUAAUCCUAGCAGCCAGAUCCCUGCUUUCAUCAAUUACCAGAAUUCUGUUGCUAGUUGAUAUUAUUGUUGUGAAAAAGUUGUUAACAGCUAAAAAGCGGGCUUCUGAGAGCUUAGAGAAACUAGAGUCUGUAAUGAAUUUUACAGAGUUUGUGCGUGCAUUUUCAAUAUUCGGCACGGAAAUGAUUGAACUAGCCUACCUCACGGGUCAUCACCGCAACUCGCUUAAAGAAGAGCGUCGAAGAGCGCAAAUGUUCUCGGCGCGUCAGAUUCUUGAGAAAUCCAUAUCAAUUUUAUUGACAUCGUCAAAAAAUAGUUUGAUACACAGUGACUGCGUUAUAGUCAAGGAAAAUCGAGACACAGUAUUUUGUCAAAUACGACGUGCGAUGGACUUGAUACAUUUUGUGAUUAAGGACAGUAUUUUUGAUUCAGCCAAGCAUAUGGCGUUUCGCAAUGCACGCUGCAAUACGAACUACGAAAAUGAAAGUAUUUACACGACAAUAAAGCGCAUCAUUAAUCUCAUUAAGAAGUAUAAGAUACAGAUGAGGCAAUAUGAUGGCAACAGCAAUAGCGAGGGCAACAACAACUCUGACGGCUUUAACUCAUUAUUUGACGACGACCUUUGGAAAAGUGAUAAUUACCAUAAAGACAAGAACCUGGCGCCCAUGAUUAAUAACACAAAUUACAAAAGGCGUUUGAGCUACGAAAGCUUAGACCUCAAGGAGGAUUUAACACUGGCAUUCGAUAAGUUGUUUGAGAAAGCACAUGACUUUACAGAUUCGCCUUAUAUAAGUCACGAACAUCGAAAGAACAUACUGACCUAUUGCGACAAUUGCAAGCUCGAAUUUGAUAUGUAUUUGAAUAAUUUAUUGAAGGAACCACAUGAUAAUAUUCAAUUGAAGUGCAGAGAGCCAGAGGUAGGGAUGUUAAGUAGCCUUGAAGAGCUGUGUAGGCAGCUGGUUGUUUCUGUGUCUAGUCAAAUCGCUGAGUUCCAAGAAUCGCUUAAGAUAUGCACAAAAAUUGUGAAAUCCUUUCACGUACUGGCCGUAUCACAUGAUCUAGAGAACCUUAAUCAGUGCUCCAGUAAAUUUCACGAUUGCUGCGAUCAUAUUUUUGACAUUUGCAAAUUGCUGCAGCACAUUGCGCCCACAGAGCGACUUCAGGUGCAUGCCAAGUGCUUGGCUAUCAAUUUGAGAAUAUAUGGACCGCAGGUGUUUAUUGCGGCGAAGAUAUUGUGGAAAUAUACAAAUAGCAGUGCUGCAAAUGAGAACUUUGAGUCAUUUUCAGAUAUGUGGAAGUGGUUGAUAAAUGAGAUUUCAAUGAUUGCCAAAAAGAUUCUGGUAUCGGUAGACACAAGUAAAUCAGAAGUUGACACUCAAGUAGGGAAAUGUGAAGCCACAGUAAAAUCAACAAAGCCAUUCGCACCUGGCACAGAUGAGGGAGAGCUGGAAGAAUAUUCAGGCAUGGAUGCAAAAAGCAACGGAGAAGCAGGAGCCAUUCAAUCCAAGUGGACGGAAGACUUAUCGGAUGACAAUGAUAUCUUGAAGAGAGCAAAGAACAUGUCGGCUAUGGCAUUUCUAAUGUAUCAAUUCACAAAGGGUAGUGGCUCACUAAGAACCACCCAAGACUUAUUUACUCAGGCGGAAUAUUUUGCUGAAGAAGCCAAUCGACUUUAUAAAGUACUUCGACAUUUUUCGUAUCAGGUACCAGCUAGUGAUAACAAAAAGGAUCUUUUAGGUAUUUUAGAUAGAGUACCGACAUUUGUACAAGCACUUCAGUUUACGGUAAAGGAUCAUACGGUUGGAAAAGCUGCCACAUUUGUAAAAGUUGACCACGUUAUAAGAGAAACCAAGAAUCUCAUGAAUGUUAUUAACAAAGUUGUUUCUAAAUGCUUUGAAUGCGCUAACAAGUACAAACUAAACUUAACCGGAAUCACUGGAGGACUAACAUCGGGCUCUGUGCGAGGAGAUGAUAGCGUCAGCGGUGGCAUGUGCGAUUCAAAAGGAACAACGAGCAGUAGCGAGGGGAGCAUGUGACAUUACGGGAUGGCUCGAAGAGCCAAGGGUGACGCCAGAAGGACAAGAGUCUCAUUCUUAUUGUUUUAAGUUGAUCAUUUACAAAUUGUCUGUCAUAGUUUAUUAGGAGUCUAUAUAUGUAAAUCAAGUUUGUAUGUAUGUAUGUGUAUGUUAAAACAAAUGUUGUGUUAAAAAAGAGCCCAAUCUUUUUUCUAAGCAUUGUAUCACAUAAUCAUAAGUACAUGACAUUUUUUAUUCAAUCAUCAA